AUGGAGAAGAGACAACGAGGACCUCGAAUUAGCCCACUGGAUGUCCACAACUACGACUUCCAUUCCAUUCUCGGGCAAGGAGGAUUCGGCAAAGUUAUGUUGGCUUCACUUGCCAACAGGAAAGUGGCCAUGAAGGUGAUAAAGAAGACUCCUGAGUGCAAUUACAACAGCAUCAGGAUAGAGGCCAGUGUGCUCAUGAUGCUUCAUGAUAACCCAUUCCUGUGCCAAGGUUAUGCGGCUUUUCAAACUGAGCAUCAUGCUUUCCUGGUGAUGGACUACCUCAGUGGAGGAAGCCUUGCAUGUCACCUGGAUUACUACGGGAGCCUGGAGCUAGACACAGUGCUUUUCCAAUUAGCAGAGAUGGUGUGCGGCCUGGAGUUCCUGCACAACAGCGGCAUUGUUCAUAGAGAUCUCAAGCCUGACAACAUCCUGCUGGACCAAGACGGCCAUGUUAAAAUAUGUGACUUUGGCCUGGCAGUUCCAAAUGUGUUUGGUGACAAGACCAUCGGCGGCAGGGCAGGGACACUGGGGUACAUGGCUCCAGAGGUCCUGCAAAGGCAGAGAUACAAUGCUGCAGUGGAUUGGUGGGCACUUGGAAUAAUCAUCUGUCAAAUGGCUUCUGGGGACUCCCCUUUUUAUGAAGGCAACAACAGGGAGAAAAUCAUAAACUCUACUAUCAAUGAUGAACCCAGGAUUCCUCGUUGGCUGAAUGAAAAUCUGAAGGAUCUUCUGAAAAAACUCCUGGAAAAAGAUCCAAAUCAGCGCCUUGGAGCUCAUGGAAAUAUAAAACACCACCCAUACUUCUCUUCUAUCGACUGGGUGGAGCUGGAAAAGAAAAACUUACCACCCCCUUUUCAGCUAAGAGCAGUACAGGUCACCCACAUGAUACCAGAUGAUCUGUUCAAGAAAUCAGCUCAAGAAAAGUGCUGCUUAAGUCUACCUGUUGCCCACGCACCAGUCCCAGCAAAAGGAAUGGGGGAGUGUAAAUACCAAGAAGCUUCGUGGAAGGUCUAA